UGUGACCAUCCUGGCUGUUACAAGGCAUUCACCUCUAGUGACCACCUCCAAACACACUUCCUGGGAUACAUAGGUACAGGUGUGUAUGACAGGAAUAGUGGGGUGGAGAUACACAGCUAACUCCUUUAGCUCAAUCCCUGUUUAUUUUAAAUGAGACUAGGGGAGUUGAAAUCCUUUUUUUUCAGAGUUGGAGAUAAAACAAUACGUUCUAGCACGUCUUUCUUUCCUCCCCGCUACGUGUUAUUGAGUGUUCUUAAUGGGGUAUGGCUUCCUCUGCUGAGUCAGAUCCUCAGACAGGUGUGUGUGUGUGUGUUGAAAACAUCAGAGUUUAUUCCAGCCCAGUAGAUAGGCCUCGCCACCGCUCAGCUCCCAAGCUUCUUAUUGUCCCAUUUAUUCUCCCAACGCCCUGUCAGCGAAUCCUGAUGUGCCUAUUUAUCCACAUCCAACAGAGUGCUGAGAUCACACACACACACUCAUCAAACACACACACACACUCAUCAAACACACACACGCACACACACAUCAAACACACACAAAACAGUCCCAAAGAUCCAAACCCAGUCCAUCUAGCACUCCAGGCAGGCUUAAACAAACACUCAUAUAUUUGUAGGAUUUCAAAAUACUAUUUGAACCCAGGUCUGAUUGCUGCUGCUGUUGUUGUGGUGGAGCUAUUAAUACUGCUGCUGCAGCUUCCUCUGGGGCCCAGGUCCUCUCGCUCACUCACUCACUCACUCACUCACUCACUCACUCACUCACAUGCACACACGCACACAGGCACAAAUGCACGCACCCACCCACAUGCACACACACACACACACACACACAGACAGACAGAGACACACACUCCAUUCUGACUAUAACACUGUCAUUUGUCUUUCUAGCCUGUUCCUCUGAUACCUAUGAAUCUCAGAUGGGGUUUGGAUCCAUUACAUGUGAUCUGUGAAUGCAUGGAGACGUCUGUAAACUCACAUUGAUAUCAGAGGCUGAGGAAACAUUAUCUGCCUGCCGUUUGGUUGGCUUCCCAGUGGAAGUUUCCAUCUGUAUCCUGCAGAACUGCUUGUGUCUGUAGCCAGGACUUUUCUCCGACUGUGUGUGUCUGUGUGCCUGUUUCUCAGACAACGCUAGUGGCUUGAACCUCCUUGCCCUUUUCCCUAAAAACCACAGUCUUCAAGGCACUAAAGGCUACAUCAGCAUAAAGUAAUGUUAUUAAUGAUCAUUGUCAUUAUGCAUGGACUUGGAUAUUGCUGAGCGUAUUUCUAUAUCCUGUCUCUUCACCCAUGAGGCUAAGAGUUGUGGACUCAAAUGACCUUUCUUUCUCCAAGCCAGGACUAUAUCUCAAAUUCUUAUGGGGUUGUAAGCAAUAGGGUUGGCUGCUGUAUAAGAGAGACCAAUAAAAGUAAUAUAUGUCUGUGUUUGUGUGUGUGUGCAGUGCAUGCACGUGCACACAUAUACAUGUGUCUGUAUGUGUGUGUGUGUGUGUGUGUGUGUGUUAUUUCUCCUAGGCGAGCCACCCCUCCUUCAGGGGAACACAGACGGUGAUAACUCCCUAAGCUCCUCCAACAGCCUGAGGGACAACAUCAAAGGUCACAAGCCUGGACCGUCAGCUGCCAUAACUCACAGCCACUCCCUCUCAGAGGUGAGUCCUCCCACCAUGUGACUGAAAAUGGCACUUGUUAAUGAUGUUUUGACAAUGACACAUUUCAUCAGUUUCUGUCUCGCACAGUAUGUGUCAAGACUUACUGAUCAAAUAUCCAUGCAAUCAAUAGAUUUUCUCUGUAUUUUUCUGUCUUUUAAAUCUGUUCUCAAUAUGCGGUGCUCUCUAAUCAUCUCUUAUAAUGAAUCAAUAAUCAUGUUUUGAAACAGGACUUGAAUCCUCGUUCCCCAUGUCUCAGUGAUAUGAGCCUGAUUUCCACUGUCUCUCAGCUCAGAGAAAGUAAUGUAAGUAAUUUUGUACCUCUUUCUUUCCACAUUUUCAAUAUCACACACUGUCUGAAUAAACAUAUCACCAUGCAAUAUGUCUUUAAAAAAUACACUGUUUACGAAAAUGGAUCGCUCCUACAGACAAUGAGUCACGUGGCUGUGGCUUGCUACAGUUGAAGUCGGAAGUUUACAAACACUUAGGUUGGAGUCAUUAAAACUUGUUUUUCAACCAUUCCAACAUUUCUUGUUAACAUACUAUAGUUUUGGCAAGUCAGUUAGGACAUCUACUUGUGCAUGACACAAGUAAUUUUUCCAAAGUUUACAGACAGAUUAUUUCACUUAUAAUUCACUUUAUCACAAUUCCAGUGGGUCAGAAGUUUACAUGCACUAAGUUGACUGUGCCUUUAAACAGCUUGGAAAAUUCCAGAAAAUGAUGUCUGGCUUUAGAAGCUGCUGAUAGGCUAAUUGACAUCAUUUGAGUCAAUUGGAGGUGUACCUGUGGAUGUAUUUCAAGGCCUACCUUCAAACUCAGUGCCUCUUUGCUUGACAUCAUGGGAAAAUCAAAAGAAAUCAGCCAAGACCUCAGAAAAAAAAUUGUAGACCUCCACAAGUCUGGUUCAUCCUUGACAGCAAUUUCCAAACGCCUGAAGGUACCACGUUCAUCUGUACAAACAAUAGUACGCAAGUAUAAACACCAUGGGACCACGCAGCCGUCAUACCGCUCAGGAAGGAGACACGCUCUGUCUCCUAGAGAUGAACGUACUUUGGUGCGAAAAGUGCAAAUCAAUCCCAGAACAACAGCAAAGGACCUUGUGAAGAUGCUGGAGGAAACAGGUACAAAAGUAUUUAUAUCCACAGUAAAACAAGUCCUAUAUCGACAAAACCUGAAAGGCCGCUCAGCAAGGAAGAAGCCACUGCUCCAAAACUGCCAUAAAAAAGCCAGACUACGGUUUGCAACUGCACAUGGGGACAAAGAUCGUACUUUUUUGAGAAAUUUCCUCUGGUCUGAUGAAACAAAAAUAGAACUGUUUGGCCAUAAUGACCAUUGUUAUGUUUGGAGGAAAAAGGGUGUUGCUUGCAAGCUGAAGAACACCAUCCCAACCGUGACGCACAGGGGUGGCAGCAUCAAGCUGUGGGGGUGCUUUGCUACAGGAGGGACUGGUGCACUUCACAAAAUAGAUGGCAUCAUGAGGAAGGAAAAUUAUGUGGAUAUAUUGAAGCAACAUCUCAAGACAUCAGUCAGGAAGUUAAAUCUUGGUCGCAAAUGGGUCUUCCAAAUGGACAAUGACCUCAAGCAUACUUCCAAAGUUGUGGCAAAAUGGCUUAAGGACAACAAAGUCAAGGUAUUGGAGUGGCCAUCACAAAGCCCUGACCUCAAUCCAAUAGAAAAUUUGUAGGCAGAACUGAAAAAGCGUAUGUAAGCAAGGAGAACCUACAAACCUGACUCAGUUACACCAGCUCUGUUAGGAGGAAUGGGCCAAAAUUCACCCAACUUAUUGUGGGAAGCUUGUGGAAGGCUACCCGAAAUGUUUUACCCAAGUUAAACAAUUUAAAGGCAAUGCUACCAAAUACUAAUUGAGUGUAUGUAUACUUCUGACCCACUGGGAAUGUGAUGAAAGAAAUAAAAGCUGAAAUAAAUCGUUUUCUCUACUAUUAUUCUGACAUUUCACAUUCUUAAAAUAAAGUGGUGAUCCUAACUGACCUAAGACAGGGACGUUUUACUAGGAUUAAAUGUCAGGAAUUGUGAAAAACUGAGUUUAAAUGUAUUUGGCUAAGGUGUAUGUAAACUUCCGACUUCAACUGUAUAUGAAGCAGGCAGACAGUCAUCGAGGCAUUCAGUUACUGUUCGAUUGAACGUUAUAAUUGUCAAAAAUGAGUGACCUAAGUGACUUUGAGCGUGGUAUGAUCGUCGGUGCCAGGCGCGCCGGUUCCAGUAUCUAAAAAAACGGCCACCCUCCUGGGCUUUUCACGCACGACAGUGUCUAGGGUUUACUGUGAAUGGUGCGACAAACCAAAAAUAUGCAGUCAGUGGCAGUCCUGUGGUGGAAAACAGCUUGAUGAUGAGAGAGGUCGAAUGAGAAUGGCAAGAAUCGUGCAAGCUAACAGGCGGGCCACAAACAGACAAAUAAUGGCGCAGGUCAACAGUGGUGUGCAGAACGGCAUCUUGGAACGCACAACUCGUCGGUCCUUGUCGCGCAUGGGCUAUUGCAGCAGACGACCACACCGGGUUCCACUCCUAUCAGCUAAAAACAAGAACAAGCGGCUCCAGUGGGCACGCGAUCACCAACGCUGGACAAUUGAGGAGUGGAAAAAGAGCCUGGAACAUGACAGCUUACUAGAGUGGUCUGUUCAGUCCCUGCAUCUCAACCCAAAUAGAGCAUCUUUGGGAUGAGAUGGAACGGGCUGUUCACAGCAUGAAUGUACCACCGUCCAAUCUGCAGCAACUGCGUAAUGUCAGCAUGGACCAACAUCCCUGUGUAAUGUUUCCGACACCUUGUAGAAUGCCCCGAAGAAUUCAGGCUGUUCUGGAGGCAAAGGGUGGUCCGACCCGGUACUGAGUAUAUAUACAGUAUACAGUUAGCCCUAUGCUAUUGGCUAUAUAGACAAUAUUAAAGACUACAGUCAUGUCUCAGGGCAAAUUGUAUACAUGUAUAUGUUGUGCAUACUGUAUGGUAAAUAAUGUAGCUAAAUGUAAUAGAUGGUAACUAAGACACGUGCUGUAUAUGUUUUACCUGUUAGACUAACAUUACUCUGCUGUUGUCUUAUCCCUGUGGCAGUCUGAUGCCCUGGACCUGAUGUUUGAACUGCUGUUUCAAGACAAGCCCCAGCCACAGGGUACUGUACUAUGUUGUGUUCAACACCACCAGUGCUUUGUUGUCUAAAUGCCUUGUCUCCUGUUAAGCCCUUCAAAUCGUUUUUAUCAGUCCCCUAUCUUCUCCAGAUGUGUCGUUGCUGGCAGUGCCCUCAUGCAGUUUGGAGAACCCAUCUCCAACAGUGGUGCUUCCAGAAGCAUCUCCCUCUUUCAUCUCUACCUGUCCUGAACCCUCUGACUCUAUCCCUGGUGUACCCCAUCCUGUACCCCAGCCCAUCGCUGUCCUCACCCCUGGGUGGACCCCUAGUGAACCCUUUCCAGUUCCUGUCUCUCCCAUGAUCAGUGAAAUACCUAAACAUGAGGUGAAUCCAGAACAGCCAGCCGCAUCCAUCUAUUCCCAACCAGGCUCCAAUCAGAGCCUACUACCACAGCCAACCGCCACCCUCCAUUCCCAACCAGGCUCCAAUCAGAGCCUACUACCACAACCAACCACCACCCUCCAUUCCCAACCAGGCUCCACCCAGAGCCUACUACUACAGCCAGCUGCCAUGCCCUCCAUCUGUUCUCAACCAGGCACAGGCCCAUACCCUCCACCACCCAGCUCCUCCCUCCAGGCCCCACUAACACCCCUCUCCCUGGGGUACUCUGCUCCUCCUACUGUCCCUUCCCACAGUACCCUCCAGCCCAUCACCUUGUCCACUCAGAACUUCCAGUGGCUUUUGAACAGUAUCAAUGACCAGAGGCAGCAGGACAGUCAGACACAGCUGUCAGUAAGUCAUCAUUAACAAGUUAGUAAUAGGUUGUUAUUAUAAUUAUAACAAGUUAGGCCUUUUAUAAGUUAUUAUAAGCAGCUAAUAAGGUUUGCUAUUAGAUGUUGAUCUAGGAAUAUAAUAUGUUUUUAUAGGCCAGUUUUUUAUGAUGUAUAAUUUGUUGUCAUACGGUAUUUAUUGGUGUCAUUAUUCUAGAUGCUUUAUUGAAACCUCCUAACCAGGAGGGUAGUAAAGCCAGCUAAUUAGAAUAUGGAGAAGGCCGCCGUCCAAUCAUUUGGUCUUUUAAUAAAAAUAUGGAGAGGGUCGUCCAAUUAUUGGCCUUUUUAAAAAUGGUAUUUUAUAUAUAAAUAUAUAAUUUUUUUCUCCCCAAUUUCGAUCUUGUCUCAUUGCUGCAACUCCCCAACGGGCUCGGGAGGCGAAGGUCGAGUCAUGCGUAAACCGAAACAUGACCGCUUAACCCGGAAGCCAGCCGCACCAAUGUGUCGGAGGAAACACUGUUCAACUGACGACCGAGGUCAGCCUGCAGGUGUCUGGCCAGCCACAAGGAGUCGCUAGAGCGCAAUGAGCCAAGUAAAGCCCCCCCGGCCAAAACCUCCCUUAACCCGGACGACGCUGGGCCAAUUGUGCGCCGCCCUAUGGGACUCCCGAUUUUUUUUAUUUGUGAUACAGCCCGGGAUCGAACCCAUGUCUGUAGUGACGUCUCUAGCACUGCAAUGAAGUUCCUUAGACCGCUGCGCCACUCGGGAGGCCCAUUAUUGGCCUUUUUAUUAGGAUGUUGUCACGGUGUCAGUGUAAUGCGGUAGACGAAGUCAGGCGAAGGACACAGAACUCAAAGAAAACGUAUCUUUACUAAAACACGUAAAGAAACAAUAAACCUCCACGCAGGGAGGAAUAAACCCACUCACCAACGACGUCCGAAAACAAACAACAAACAUGCACAGAACACAAUGGGAGCCACAGGGUUAAAUAGAGGCGGAGUAAUUACAAGAUGGGCAACAGGUGUGAAACACUCUGACAACAACAGGUAGAUAUAGAACAUAGAUCGGCAGCAGCUAGUACUCCGGUGACGACGAACGCCGAAACCUGCCCGAGCAAGGAGGAGGGGCAGCCUCGGCAGAAUCCGUGACCGUACCCCCCCCCGGCGUCGACACCGGCCAGGAGGACGCGGCGCGGGGCGAGUGGGAUGAUUGCGGUGGAAAUCCCUUAACAUGGAGGGAUCGAGGAUGUCCCUCCUAGGAACCCAGCACCGUUCCUCCGGACCGUACCCCUCCCACUCCACGAGAUACUGCAGGCCCCCCACCCGACGCCUCGAAUCCAAUAUGGAACGAACCGAGUACGCCGGUGCCCCCUCGAUGUCCAGCGGGGGCGGAGGAACCUCCCGUAUCUCAGACUCCUGGAGUGGACCAGCUACCACCGGCCUGAGGAGAGACACAUGGAACGAUUAAUACGAUAAUUAGUAGGAAGUUGUAACCUAUAACAUACCUCGUUCAAUCUCCUCAGGACUUUGAAUGGCCCCACAAACCGCCGACCCAGCUUCCGGCAGGGCAGGCGAAGGGGCAGGUUUCGGGUCGAGAGCCAGACUCGGUCCCCCGGUGCAUACACCGGGGCCUCACUGCGGUGGCGGUCGGCGCUCGCCGUUUGCCGCCUGAUGGCCCGCUGCAGACGUACAUGAGCAGCGUUCCAGGUCUCCUGCGAGCGCCGAAACCACUCGUCCACCGCAGGUGCCUCGAUCUGGCUCUGAUGCCAAGGUGCCAGGACCGGCUGAUAACCUAAUACACAUUGGAAUGGAGAAAGGUUAGUGGAGGAGUGGCGGAUGGAGUUCUGGGCUAUCUCUGCCCAGGGGAGGAAAACCGACCACUUCCCCCGCUGGUCCUGGCAAUACGACCUCAGAAACCUACCCACCUCAUGGUUGACUCUCUCCACCUGCCCGUUACUCUCUGGGUGAAAUCCUGAGGUCAGACUGACCGUGACUCCCAGACGUUCCAUGAACGCCCUCCAAACCCUAGAGGUGAACUGGGAAUCCCGAUCAGACACUAUAUCCUCAGGUACCCCGUAGUGCCGGAAGACGUGUGUAAAUAGGGCCUCAGCCGUUUGUAGGGCCGUAGGGAGGCCCGGGCAGCGGAAUGAGGCGGCAGGACUUAGAAAACCGAUCCACAACAACCAGGAUCGUGGUGUUCCCUUGUGAGGGGGGAAGAUCCGUCACGAAGUCCACCGAUAGGUGGGACCAUGGUCGUUGUGGAACGGGUAGGGGUUGCAAUUUCCCUCUGGGCAGGUGUCUAGGAGCCUUGCACUGGGCGCACACCGAGCAGGUGGAAACAUAAACCCUCACAUCCUUAGCUAAGGUGGGCCACCAGUACUUCUCACUAAGACAGUGCACUGUCCGACCUAUGCCAGGAUGCCCAGAGGAGGGUGACGUGUGAGCCCAAUAGAUCAUCCGAUCGUGGACAUCCAGCGGUACGUACACACGACCCUCUGGACACUGGGGAGGAGUGGGUUCGUUACGCAACGCCCGCUCGAUCUCCGCGUCAACCUCCCACACCACCGGUGCCACCAGACACGACGCCGGAAGUAUGGGAGUGGGCUCCACGGAACUCCCCUCCGUGUCAUACAGUCGGGACAGAGCAUCUGCCUUAGCGUUCUGGGAACCUGGCCUGUAAGAAAGGGUGAAAACAAAACGGGUGAGAAACAUGGACCACCUUGCCUGGCGAGGGUUUAAUCUCCUCGCUGCCCGGAUGUACUCCAGAUUGCGGCGGUCAGUCAAAAUGAGAAAAGGGUGUUUAGCCCCCUCAAGCCAAUGUCUCCGCUUUCAGAGCUUCGACCACAGCCAACAGCUCCCGGUCCCCCACAUCAUAGUUGCGCUCCGCCGGGCUGAGCUUCUUCGAAAAGAAGGCACAGGGGCGGAGUUUAGGUGGCGUACCCGAGCGCUGAGACAGUACAGCGCCUAUUCCAGCCUCGGAUGCAUCCACCUCAACCGUGAAGGCUAAGGAGGGGUCCGGAUGAGCCAGCACUGGAGCCGAGGUAAACAGGUCCUUCAGACGACUAAAAGCCCUGUCCGCCUCAGCUGACCACCGCAGACGCACCGCCCCCCCCCCUUCAGUAACGAGUUAAUGGGAGCUGCUACCUGACCAAAGCCCCGGAUAAAUCUCCGGUAGUAAUUGGCAAAACCCAAAAAUCGCUGCACCUCCUUUACCUUGGUAGGAGUCGUCCAAUUAGGCACGGCCGAAAUGCGGUCACUCUCCAUCCUCACCCCUGACGCGGACAUAUGGUACCCCAAGAAAGAGAUGGACUCCUGGAAGAACAGGCAUUUCUCUGCCUUAGCAUACAGGUCAUGCUCCAACAGUCUUCCAAGCACCUUACGCACCAGGGACACAUGCUCGGCCCGUGUAGCGGAGUAUAUAAGGAUGUCAUCAAUAUACACCACUACCCCUUGUCCGUGCAGGUCCCUGAAAAUCUCAUCCACAAAUGAUUGGAAAACUGAUGGAGCAUUCAUUAACCCGUAUGGCAUGACCAGAUACUCAAAAUGUCCAGAGGUGGUACUAAAUGCCGUCUUCCACUCAUCUCCCUCGCGGAUACGCACUAGGUUGUACGCGCUCCUGAGAUCCAAUUUUGUGAAGACGCGUGCCCCGUGCAAUGAUUCCGUCAUACUAGCUAUCAGAGGUCAUGGAUAGCUGUACUUGAUGGUAAUCUGAUUUAGGCCACGGUAAUCAAUGCACGGGCGUAACCCACCAUCUUUCUUCUUCACAAAAAAGAAACUUGAGAAAACGGGUGAAGUGGAUGGCCGAAUGUAUCCCUGCCUCAGAGAUUCGGUGACAUAUGUCUCCAUAGCCGCCUUCUCCUCCUGAGACAAAGGAUACACGUGACUCCGGGGAAGUGCAGCUCCUACCUGGAGAUUUAUCGCACAAUCCCCCGGACGAUGGGGUGGUAAUUUAGUCGCCCUCUUUUUACUGAAGGCGAUAGCCAAAUCUGCAUACUCGGAUGGAAUGUGCAUGGUGGAAACCUGGUUUUGGACUUUCCACCGAAGUUGCCCCCAAGAAAACUCCUAAACACCUCCCUGAACACUGACCGUACCAUCCCUUGAGAGCCCUCUGUUGCCAUGAAAUCGUGGGGUCAUGAAUGGUUAACCAGGGAGGUCCCAACACCACAGGAUACGCAGGAGAAUCAAUCAGAUAGAGGCUAAUCCUCUCCUCAUGACCCCCCCUGCGUCAUCAUCAGCAGUGGAGCCGUGACCUCCCUGAUUAUGCCUGACCCUAACGGGCGACUAUCUAAUGCGUGAACAGGGAAAGGUUUAUCAACAGCCACUGUGGGAAUCCCUAGACUACGUGCAUACUGGCGAUCAAUAAAAUUCCCAGCCGCGCCUGAAUCUACUAGCGCCUUAUGCUGGGAAUGGGGAGAAAAUUCUGGAAACAUAAUGUCAAUACACAUAUUAGCAACAGGGAGCUCUGGGUUAGUCGGGUGCCUACUCACCUGAGACGGUCGACCAGUGCUCUGCCUGCUGCCUCGACCUCCUGAGAACCCUCCCCAGCACUGACCAGCAGUGUGUCCUCUGCGGCCACACUUGGUGCAGGGGACGGUCCCUCUCCCAGUCUCCCUAACUGCAGCACCUCCGAGCUCCAUGGGGGUAGGCUCGGAGGUGCUGGGGGAUGGAAUGGACAGCCCCCCAUCAGAACGUCCGCGGGCUGCCAACAGGUUAUCCAACCUGAUGGACAUGUCCACCAGUUGGUCCAGGUUGAGAUUGGUGUCCCUGCAGGCCAGUUCCCGACGGACGUCCUCCCUUAAGCUGCAACGAUAGUGGUCGAUAAGGGCUCGCUCAUUCCAUCCCGCGCUGGCUGCUAAAGUCUUGAACUCCAGCGCAAAAUCCUGCGCGCUCCUCAUAAUAAUAUAAUAAUAAUAUGCCAUUUAGCAGACGCUUUUAUCUAAAGCGACUUACAGUCAUGCGUGCAUACAUUUUUGUGUAUGGGUGGUCCCGGGGAUCGAACCCACUACCUUGGCGUUACAAGCGCCGUGCUCUACCAGCUGAGCUACUUUUAUUUAUUUUAUUUUUAUUUCACCUUUAUUUAACCAGGUAAGCCAGUUGAGAACAGCUACAGAGGACCACCACAUCUCCUGUCGUAGGUGGACCAGACGUUCUCCCGCCGCUCUCCCUUCAGGUGGAUGAUCGAAUACCGCCCGGAAGCGGCGGGUGAAAUCCUCGUAGCGGACAGUUCUCGAGUCUAUACCUCCCCACUCGGCGUUGGCCCACUCAAGCGCCCUCCCCGAUAGACAGGAGAUGAGGGCGGACACGCUCUCGUAUCCCGAGGGCGCCAGGUGAAUGGUGGCCAGGUAGAGCUCUACCUGGAGGAGAAAUCCCUGGCACCCGGCAGGUGUACCGUCAUAUGCCCUCGGGAGCGAGAGCCGAAUUCCACUGGACCCAGGUGGCGAAGUGGUAGCCAGUGUUGUAGGUGGUUGUGUGGUUGGAAAUGGUGAAGGGAUACCACCUCUCUCAAAUCGUUCCAUCAUCUGGAACACUCGUUCCAUUGUGGCACCGAGAUUCUGAAGUACCGUCUCUUGACGUUGGACUCGUUCCUCCAUCGUCUCGGUAGAUCCAGUUGUUCCUGCUGACUCCAUAUUGGUGCGUGUUUCUGUCACGGUGUCAGUGUAAUGCGGUAGACGAAGUCAGGCGCAGGACACAGAACUCAAAGAAAACGUAUCUUUACUAAAACACGUAAAGAAACAAUAAACCUCCACGCAGGGAGGAAUAAACCCGCUCACCAACGACAUCCGAAAACAAACAACAAACACACACAGAACACAAUGGGAGCCACAGGGUUAAAUAGGGGUGGAGUAUUUCCAAGAUGGGCAACAGGUAUGAAACAAUCUGACAACAACAGGUAGACAUAGAACAUAGAUCAGCAGCAGCUAGUACUCCGGUGACGACGAACGCCGAAACCUGCCCGAGCAAGGAGGAGGGGCAGCCUCGGCAGAAUCCGUGACAGAUGUGGAGAGGGACUGUCCAAUCAUUGGCCUGCUGAAUCUCAUCCAGUACAACUGUUAAUUGACCUUCAGUUGUUUUAAUGAAACUAUUCCUCUGUUUAGCCACGAGGCAUUGACAUUCUGUUAAUUAUAUGCUGAACAUGCGCUCUUCUCUUCUUCUGUUGUAUUUCAGCAACAACACGGUGGCUCAACAGUAGAGAAGCUCUAUUUUACCACAGAAAUACCUAUGGGAGGGAACACAGGUAAUUUACAGAGAUUCAUCUUUUGCUUUGUGAUAUUUACCGGUAUAUGCCACCUCUGAUGAAUUUAGGUGUGCUUUUUACACUAGUAUUCUACAUUUUGAACAUUUCAAUGUAUUUGAUCGCUAAACAUUACAGUUGCAGAGCUGUAGAUAUUGUAAAGCUAGCUACAAGACCGUAUCUGUGAGGUUGUUGUACUGUACAAUUUUUAUGGAUGUAUUGACUUUUUAAAACAUUAUUUGACAUGCUCUCUGUCUUGUUUGCUAAGGACAGCUCUGCAGCAGAUAGGCCUGUGUCUCCCUGUCGUCGUCAUUAGACAGGGAGAGUCAUGCCAGUGUCGGUGCCCCUGCAGAGACGGCAGCACAGCAGCAGACACAGAGAAACAGACUAGUUGUCAACCUACUGGUGAACCCUCUGGUACCCAGGUCAAGCAGCCCCAGGACCUAUCAACCCAGGACCCACCACCCCAGCCCCCUCAGCCCCAGGACCCACCACUCCAGCCCCCUCCACCA